AUGAGAAAUCGCACAGUACCCUCAGAAUUCAUUCUUCUAGGACUGUCAGAUGAUCCAGAGCUUCAGAUUGUAAUUUUUCUCUUUUUAGUUAUCACAUAUAUAUUAAGUGUCUCUGGAAAUUUCACCAUCAUCAUUCUCACCUUGGUGGAUUCUCAUCUACAGACCCCUAUGUAUUUCUUCCUCAGGAACUUCUCUGUAUUAGAAAUAUCCUUUACAACUGUCUGUAUUCCUAGAUUUUUAGGCACAAUUAUCACCAGAGACAAAACUAUUUCAUACAAUACUUGCACAGCUCAAUUGUUUUUCUUCAUCUUCAUGGGUAUCACUGAAUUUUACCUUCUAACUGCCAUGUCCUAUGACCGCUAUGUAGCCAUCUGCAAGCCCCUGCAUUAUACAACCAUCAUGAACAAAAGAGUCUGCAUAUUGCUUGUCUUCUGUGCUUGGCUGGCAGGAUUCUUAAAUAUCUUCCCACCAGUUGUUCUUUUUCUCCAGUUAGAUUACUGUGGCUCCAAUGUCAUCGAUCACUUUGCUUGUGACUAUUUCCCCCUCUUGCAAUUAUCCUGCUCAGACACC